ACUCCGACGUCGGGCUGGCUGCCCGAUGUCGACCAGCUUCCGCUGGUUCUCUGUCCUCUAUCUAGAAUCUCCGCUUCGUCCGGGCUUGCCUGGACUCGGCGUUUUUUCAGCUCUUCGGUUCUCGGAGAGUGGAUAGUUUACGGAGGAGUGUCUCGAUGAGAAAGCGAGGCGUACUUGUACGCUUCAGGCCUUCGCUCUGGUUCUGCUUCGCAGUUCCGCCUUGUCGUUUCCGGCAUCGCCGAUCCUUAGCGUGGAUCAUUGCGAUGUACGACAAGGAAAGAGCUCCGGCGGUUCCGUCGCCAUUGAACUGCUCAAGCCAUGAGCAGGACAUAGUAGACGGCGUGCACACUGCCGCGUGCAUGUAGCCCGGCUCAGCCGGGCGCUGGGAUAUCCUUCUGACCGGGGAGGAUGUCUUGGUGGGAAGAUGGCCGAUGCGCGGCUCUUACAGUGCAAAGAGUUCGCGUGCUUCAGCUGUUUUUCAGGCUAUCUUCGGGUGGUGGUUUGAAGAAGUCGAUGACGGCUCGCGGUUCUCGCGAGUCCCACUGCUCGGGGAGUGGAGAGGUGCAGCCGCUGCGAUGCAGUGCCUGCGCCUCUUCACGCCGAAAAAGGCAUACGUCCGGCGGCAGCUUAGCCUAUGGCUGGCGCCGCUUUAUUCGGCAACACGCAACGGUCAACAGCACAGCUGAUUACAGCUGUGGCCUGCCGCUCUGUGUGUCGCGGGCGGUUCGUGCUUUUGCGCUUAGCAUCGUAAGGCGCAAUGUAGCACCACCACCAGACGUCCAAACGGACGCGGGCCGCUCGCCUGUCAUUGAUGAAGCCGCGCGAGCAGGGGCGCCGCGCUUCACUUUGACAGGAAUCCCCUACUGAAGAGCCCCACCGAAGGCCAAGGCUACUGGUAUCCAUUUAGGGCGAUGCCCGCGAGGUCAGUGACGUUGUCACUGGCCGGGGCCAGAGUAACACACUGUACACGCACAGCAUCACGCUAACGCUGACAAACACCCAC